AUGUUUGGUACACAAGCAAAAUUGAGACUGAAUAAUCUUAUAAAAUCCCCUAUAAUCUUCCAGAUUCUCAGCUUUCCCUCAAUCUCAGAAUUAAGGGAUCUCCAACAAUCUUCAACAAUUGUUAGGAACCAAGAUGAUGUCAUGUUUGUGUCCAAAGGGACUGGAUUUUGGUCCUCGAGGGUGGAAAAAUACCAUAUCACCAUUGUUCCAAAUACAAGGAAAUCACCACCUCCAUUUUCAAAAGACCAUGUUUUGUUGUUCUUGCUGGAUGUUAAUUUUUAUGCCUGA